AUGCGGCUACUGUGCGCCUCUAAUGGAUUCCGAUCCAGGCAAAGGCCCCUAGUUUCCGCGAUCCGGGGUCAACAACGCGCGUACAAUGCCGCCGUGAUUGGUGCCGGUAUCACUGGCCUUACGGCUGCUUGGCAGCUAGCUCAAGACUCCCAAUGCUCGAAGAUCACGCUAUACGAAAAGUCUGCUCGCCUUGGUGGCUGGCUGGAGUCCGAAACAAUACCUGUGGACGGUGGAGAUGUGGUGUUUGAGUAUGGUCCUCGUACACUGAGAAGUGCCAUGCCGGCGUCACUGCCAUUGCUGUAUUUGGUCUCAAAUCUAGGGCUCUUCGAUGAAUUGAUCACCACCUCCAGGCGAAGUCCUGCGGCAUUGAAUCGGUACAUCUACUAUCCAGACCAUCUAGUCCGCCUACCCUCACCGGACCCCAGUCUCUCGUUCACCCAAAACAUUCAGAAUAUCUUUCAGGCUGUCAUGAACGAGCCGCUAUUUGAAGGCUUGGUACCCGCACACCAAACCCUCACGGCCCCCGAGCUAUGGGGCAAAGACGAGUCUAUCGCCCAGUUUAUCACUCGGCGUUUCAACCACAAGGUCGCGGAUAAUCUGGUGUCGGCAGUGAUGCACGGUGUUUACGCCGGUGACAUUGAUCAAAUGAGCGCGCAGGCAAUCAUGGGCGGCAUGCGCAACCUGGAAGAUGGUGGCGUCUUGUACAGCCUGCUUAUGAAGUCAAUGAUGGGCAAGAAGACGAGAUCAAUGGAUGACUUUUUGGCUGUGGAUGCGAUCACCAAGACGCCCGAAUCUUUGGAUCGCACAGAAGAUAUCUUCAGGGUGGUCAAAAAAGCUAGCACUUUUACUUUUAAGCGUGGUACACAGCAGCUUGUUGAAGGCUUGGUUGACUCGUUGAGGUCGUCUGACAAGGUCGAUGUGGUCACAAAUGCAGAUAUCACGUCCAUGGACCCGCCAGACAACCCAGGCCAUCAAAUAAAGAUCUACUCUGGCACAAAUAGCGUCCAAUCUUACGAUCAUGUAAUCUCUGCAAUCUCCGCCCCUGCGUUGGCCAACAUCCUGGACCCCAAGGCGCGCUUCAAAGUCUGCGAAGUUAUGGACCCGGAGACGGGACGAAUGAACUACGAUCUGCAAGUGCAGAGUCAUUCUAAACCGGUCACGGACACUCUCGAAAGACUACAAUUGCAUUGUGGCGCGACCACCGUGAUGGUGGUCAACCUGUACUACCGAAAUCCCAAUCUGCUCCCCGUGGAUGGCUUCGGCUACUUGAUCCCACGCUCCGUUCCAUACGAACAAAACCCCGAGUGUGGUCUAGGCGUAAUCUUCGCCUCGGCAUCCAGCGUUGGCGAGAGCCCAGUUGCUCCAUACCCAACCAUCUCACAAGACUCCGCCUCGGGGACAAAGAUCACAAUCAUGUUCGGCGGCCACUAUUGGGACGGAUGGAAGAAGGGGGAUUAUCCAGACCACGAGACCGCCGUACGCAUGGCUCGAACCAUGCUCGAAAGACACAUUGGCAUCACCGACGCCCCGACAGUUGUGCGUACCCGACUGCAGGAAAAUGCUAUUCCGCAGUACAAACCGGGUCAUUUGAAAAAUAUGUACCAGCUGUCUCUCGCAGUUAAGGACGAUUUCUACAGCAGGCUUGUUCUGGCUGGCAACUCGUAUAAUGGUGUUGGGGUGGGUGAUUGUGUGAGACAGGGUAUUCUGGCGGCUACUCAUGGUGUUGGUCGGCAUGAGCUCCAAUCUGGUUCUGGAGAUUGGUGUCCGUGGAAGGAGUUCAACUACCGGAAUUGGGAUUUGAAGGGUGGUAUUCCUACUGCACCGGUGCGACUGUUUGAGUCGGAUGUUUGA